AUGUCGUUCGGCAGCGGGACCGGCUUUUCCUUUGGGUCCAACACCAACACUCCGAACGCUGGGUUUGGAGGUUUUGGCAACAACACCAACACCACCGCCAACACUGGUUUCGGUUCCACGAGCAAUACCGCAGGUGGAUUUGGCUCGAGCACUGCUGCCUCCAACCCUUUCGGCGGUAGCACUUUCGGAUCCAACACUGGAGGUUUUGGUAGUACCAACAACACCUCCAGCUCCCUCUUCGGAAACAAGCCCGCCGCGACUCCCUUCGGCGCCAGUUCUACAACUACAGGAGGUGGGCUCUUUGGUAGUUCUGCAAACACAAACACAGGUUUUGGAGCCUCGACAGGCGGUUUCGGCAGCACUAACAAUGCGUUUGGAGGAACCAACCCUGGCAGCUCGACUUUCAGCUUCGGAAAUGCGAACAAGCCUGCGUUCGGUUCCACUCCCAGCGCAACCCCUCUAUUUGGUCAAGGCGGCGCGGGGACGACAGGGACGGCGUUUGGCACAUCAUCUGCCUUUGGUUCUGCCGGCACAGGCACUGCUCUGAGCAGCCAGCCAGUCCCUCCUCCGGAUGGCACGGCGUCCACCCCCUUCGCCCCCACCAUGGAGAAAGACGCCAACGGCUCGAGCAGCAGUUAUCAGAGCAUCAGCUUCAUGCCGCCGUAUCAGAAAUACUCCUUCGAAGAACUGCGCUUGGCGGACUAUAAUGCUGGUCGCCGUUUCGGGACCUCUACGGGCCAGGCGGGCGGCUUUGGGUCUAACACGUUCGGCGGUUUCGGCUCGAAUAACACUCCAGCCUUCGGUAGCAACGCUACCAAUCCCGCCCCCAAUUCCAAUCCCUUUGGUGCUGCAACGACAUCGCCGACAGGAUUUGGUACACCAUCCUCCACCACCACCGCCUUUGGAGGAGGAGGGCUGUUCGGAAAUAAGCCGGCUGGAGGCGGCUUGUUCGGCCAGCAGUCUUCGGGCACGUCUUCUGGGGGAUUGUUCGGGACGGCAAACAACUCUCCAAGUGCAUUUGGAGGCGGCAAUACCGGUUUCGGCUCCAACAAUACUCUUUUUAACAACAACGCCAACCAGAAGCCAAGCCCGUUCGGCGGUGCCUCCACCACCCCUUCGUUCUCUUUCGGCAACAACAACACCACAAAUGCAGGCACCGGCACCGGCACCGGUCUAUUCAACAACAAUACAAACACGAGUACCAAUGCCUUUGGCGGAAACAAUCAACAACAGACCGGUGGACUCUUCGGAACCCAGCAAAAAUCCCUGUUUGGCAACACCACUGGAGCAUUCGGUCAGUCGACGAGUCAAAGUCAACCAUCGGGCGGGCUGUUCGGCAACACUAGCAAUACAGGGGGUAAUGCACCAGGUGGCGGUCUCUUCGGCAACACCAACACCGCCAACAACAAUACCAACACUGGUGGAGGACUAUUCGGAACAAACAAUAACGCGGGAGGUUCUCUUUUUGGCAACAACGCCAACAGUGCUCAAAAGCCUGGUGGACUUUUCGGAGGAAGCACGUUUGGGAAUACCAACACGGGAAACACCACCGGCGGUCUGUUUGGCAAUACGGGCACAAGCAAUCAACAGCAGGGAGGUCUGUUUGGCAACAAUACCAACACUGGCAGCGGCUUUUCCUUCGGAAACACGGCCAACAAACCUGCCGGCACGUCCCUCUUCACGAACACAAACGCCAACCAACAGGGAGGUCUCGCGGGCUUGGGCGGUAAUUUUGGGAGCAGUUUCGGUACUUCCCAGGCUGCUCAACAAGGCAACCUGCAGCAACCAGAAGUCAAGCACGCUUCUCUGAAUGACCCCAAUCCCUACGGUCAGACCUCCAUCUGGACUGGCCUGCCGGUUCCCACGCCUGACAACUCCAAACCCAUCUUCACUCCGCUAUCGGCCACUCAGAAGUUGAAGGAGAGCCAGUCUAAACCCCCACCAAGCCUGCGACUCAAUCAAUCUCGCUACAUGACGCCACCGCGACGUUCUGGCUACGGCUUCUCUUACUCUACAUAUGGCACGCCUAACAGCGCGGCUAGCACGCCGGGUGGAAACGGCUUAACCAGCAGUAUGUAUGGCAGUCGAAGUUUCAAUGGCGGCAGCUUUGGUCGCUCCUUUGGCAAAAGUGCCUCUGCCAGCAAUCUAAGAUCGCAGUUCAACGGCGACAGCGAGAGCAUCCUCAGUCCCAACGCGUUUACCGCCACCAACACGCGGUGGUCGAGUGGCAACAUGCGCCGCCUGACCAUUGACCGCAGCAUCCGAAAUGACCUUUUCAGUCGGCCGUCUCUACCGGCUUUGCCGACCAACGCCCCUGACAAGGUCGGCAACGGCGGCACCGAGCUUGCAGCCUCGGAUGGGGAGCCGUCAGCCGAACCUAUUAACAAGCUCAAGAAGCGUGUGAGCUUUGACAAGGAGGCCACAGGCGGUCAGACCACCUUGAAUGGCAAUUCUGGAGCUUUGGUGAGAACCGAGACGGACGGCGGAGAAACAGACGCCGGGACUCGUCGCGGGACUACGAAUGGAACUGCUACGCCGGAAACGGAGCCUGUUGCCCGAGGCAAUGAACUUGCCGUAGUCCCCGAAGAUCGUGAAUCCGACAAUGUCGUCUCCAAGACGCCAGCGACCGUCCAGGCGAAGCCAGAUCCGCAGCCGGGAGAUUACUGGAUGAAGCCAUCACGCGCGGAACUGGGCAGGCUGCCACGUGAGAAGUUGCAGCAGUUUGUCGGAUUCGAGGUUGGCCGCAAGGGAUGUGGCAAAGUGGUCUUCAACGCUCCGGUUGACCUGACGGGUGUUCCUCUGGACGACCUCUUUGAGAAGAUUGUCGAGAUCCGUCUACGCUCGGUCACCGUGUACCCAGAUGCAAGCACCAAACCCCCGGUGGGCAAGGGACUCAAUGUUCCCUCCACGAUCUCCAUCGAGAACUCUUGGCCUCGCUCGCGCGGUCAACCUUCGUCGGCCACCAGCGGGCCCGUCUAUGAGAAACAUGUGAACCGACUCAAGAAGAUGCACGGAACCGAAUUCAUCAACUAUGAACCUUCAACAGGUGUCUGGACCUUCCGAGUGCCCCACUACACUCGCUACGGACUGGAUUACGAUGAUGACGAGACUGAACUUGGCCAGAGCCAGCUUUCCGCCCCGCCCGACUCCCUUGGCGGAUCCCGGUCUGGAAGCGCUUCGGUCAUGGAGGUCGACAGUGAAGACCAGGAUGAUUACGAAGAUGAAGAGAACGACACGUUUGCCUUCAAACAAAAGGUUGUUCCCGGUGGCUUUGGCCGGCGGUCGGCCAUCGAUUACGACGACGAUGUUCCCUCGGCACAGACUGUUGAGGAAGAGGCCCACGACUCCGAGGUGGCCGGCUCAUCCGAAGACGAAGCCUCGGACAACGAAGUCAGUAUGGCUGGCUCUUUCCCCCCUCCCGGCGGCGCCCUGGCUCUCGACCUACAGAGCCCCAACAAGCCCAUGCUCCGAGCCAGUCGUAUGGGUACCCCUGGGAAGGCGCUCAUCUCGCUUGAAGGUGAUUGGGCCGAGCAACUGCAACGUACGAUCAGCCCACGCAAGCAGAACCGCGACGCUCUGCGCGAGGUUCAGAGCAAAGUUCUCCUCGACCGCACUCACGAGCCGAUCAAACCUGCGACCAUCAACAAGCGGGAGUUUCGCACCAGCAUCGACAUCAUGAACUCGUUGUUCAGCAGACAUGAGGAAAGAAUGGCGAAGGGAAGAAAGGCGCAGACCGGGCCGGACCUUGAGUUCCCUUAUGCAAAGCGCGCGAAGAUGCUCGACAAUUACCAGAUGUCCCAGGCCGACCAGGUCUGGCACUCGUCUUUCAAGCCUCAUUUCACGCAGACCAAUGAACUCACCUACAUGUUGAAGGCUGGCGACGAAUCCGAGCUUGGCCGGACCACGGUUGUACUGCUGGACAAUCCGCACGGGAGCGUGACAUUGACAUCACUGGAAGGGAGAACCGAACCUGUACCUAUUACGGUCGAUGUCGAAUCACUCCUCGGGAAUACCCGGAUCAACCUCGUCAACCAUGUGCCUCUCGCCACCCACAUUGCCGUUCCGUUUUCCCAAUCGAAGGAUCAGUUGAUCCGACAACGUGGCAGCGGCGACGAGAUUGAUCUCUACGAGCUUGCACAUGUCCUGUUCGACGAUUACGAGGAUGAAUUUACCGUGGGACUCGGCCGUCAGCAGAAGCAGGAGUUCUCGGGCCGCAUCCGCAAAGAUCGCUUGUCGAGGUAUCUGGCUUCGCUCAUCUGGGCGAGGCACGGAGAGAAGAUCAAGUCGGCCGAGAAACAGGGAGCCGCAGCCGCAGCGAUACUGCAUCUAACUGCCAAAAACGUCAAGGCAGCGUGCGACGCGCUGUCGGCAGAGAAGGACUUCCACCUCACUCUGCUGGUGGCGCAGAUCGAGCAAGCUGACGACACCUUUCAGGACGACAUUGCCGACCAGCUCGCCGCGUGGCGUCGGCAGGGCAUCAUUUCCGAAAUCAGCGAAGAGAUACGCGCUUUGUAUGAACUCCUGUCCGGGAACACCUGCAUCUCCGAGGGCAAGGCGAACGGUCCAGUGGAGAACCGCACGGCGACAUUCGCCAUCUCGGAGAAGUUCGGACUCGAUUGGGUCCAGGCAUUCUCUUUAUGUCUGUGGUACGGCCGGCACAAGAACGGGGAGAUUCAGGACGUGGUCGCAGACUUUCAAGAGAAGUUUGCGACGAAGCAGGAAUCGGCCAGCCCGGUGGGAGAAGACGGCAAUGAAGACCCUCUCUGGGUGCUGCUGAAGCUGUUUGCAAGCAAGACUAAGAGGAAGGUGCCCGACAAGGAUGACCCCGUCUUCCCUCAGGCGCUGUCUUCGUUGUCGGGCCCGUGGGAUAGCCAGAAGACGUUUCGCCUGCACCAUGCCAUCGCCGCCUCGAUCCCGCGCAUCACGGUGGACGAGGCCCAAGCAGAUGAUUUGGCAAUGUCAUUGGCGUUUGAGCGCGCAGCCCGCGGCGACAUCCUCGGAGCCACCUGGGCUCUCUUGCACGUGGCCGACGCGGCGAAGCGCGAGUGGGUGGUCAGAGAUUUGCUCACACGGCACGCCAAAGCGUUGCCCGAACCGCCCAGCAGCGACCAGCCAACCCAGACCCCUCUUUGGACGGCCCUGACCUCGUCACUAAGGGUGCCUAGCUCUUGGAUCUGCCAGGCCAAGGCGCUCUAUGCCCGGUCGUCGAACAUGCCUCUCGCGGAGCUCAAUCUUCUGAUCCUCGCGGACGAUUUCCCUGAAGCCCAUGAAUGUCUUGUGCGUCGCGUCGCUCCUCGCCUUGUUGUCGACGAGGAUUGGGACACUCUCGCCACUGUGCUAGCCAAGUUUGGUGACAACCCCGAGGCCAAGGUUGAUGCUGGCAGCGGUGGCAGUAGCGGUGGCGGUAGCGUCACAGAUGUCGGGACGCAGUGGCAGGCCGGAGGGGGGGUCUAUGCCGACUUUGUGUCGUUGAUGGCGCUCAUGGAGUCUCCUGCGUCUGGUCGAGGUCACUCCAGCAAUGCAGAGACGGUUACCCGACGCACGUCACUUCUGGAACGCUUACAGACGACUUUGACAGGAUUGAACACCCGACUCACUGGAGCCACUGCAAAGGCCCACGGCGACGGCUCACUGGACCAGGAUAGAGAGAAAUUGGAGGAGCGGGUGGCACUCUGCGAGAUGGCCAGGGCCGUUGCUCGGGCAUUGGAGCUGGAGCAUGACCGAAGUGUGGGUGAAAAGAAAUCGAUCCUGGAUCUUCCUCUCACUACGGAUGCGAGAUUGGCUCAUGCUCGAGUCCUGGGAGUCGAAUACUACCGCGGGGUCAUGGCGAUGGCACGUUGA